AUGCAUGUCGGUGGAAUAACAGUGGAUCUGAAUUGGUUACUACAAUUUAUAUUCACUGUUUUUGUAAUUGGUUUAGGGUUGUUACACCUCGUUAGGAAUACGGCGUCGAAGUAUUUCGAAGUCGACGCCAAUUUCGAGGCAGCUGAUAGUAACCACACUGUUAUUGAUCCAAGUAUUGUUAAUCAAGCUAUGGAAGCUGAAGAGGAUUCUUGUCUUUGUGCUAAUUGUGGCAAUCUUGGGAAUAAAAAGUGUUCUCGUUGCAAAUCUGUGAGAUAUUGCUCAUAUGGAUGCCAAGAAGCACACUGGAAGGCAGACCAUAAGUUAAAAUGCAAGAAAAAUUCAUCUCAAACAGUGAAAUCAAACUUUGGUUUUAAACCUUCAGGUGGUGGGAGUGGAAGUUUUCCUAGUGUUGCACUAGUUCCUGCCAGUGGAGGCUCCAACUCUAAGCCUAUAAAGAAGCCAGGAAAGGUUCUUUUCCCGUAUGAUGAGUUCAUUAAACUUUACAACUCAGACAAGCCCAGAUUCCCUCCCUGUGGGCUCUUAAAUUGUGGAAACAGUUGCUUUGCAAACGUGGUUCUGCAAUGCCUCACAUACACAAGGCCGCUUGUUGCCUACUUGUUGGAGAAAGGUCAUCAAACAGAAUGUAGACGUAAUGAUUGGUGUUUUCUUUGUAUAUUUCAAUCCCAUGUUAUAAGAGCAAGCCAAAGCGCACAUCCCUUUUCACCAAUAAAGAUUCUUUCUCGGUUACCUAAUAUUGGUGGUAAUCUUGGCUAUGGAAGACAGGAGGACGCUCACGAGUUCAUGAGGUUUGCUAUUGAUACUAUGCAAUCAGUAUGCCUAGAUGAAUUUGGUGGAGAAAAAGCUGUUGAACCUGCCUCUCAAGAGACUACAAUAAUUCAACACAUAUUUGGGGGCCGCCUCCAAUCUCAGGUGAUAUGUACUAAAUGCAAUAAGAUUUCAAAUCAGUUUGAGAACAUGAUGGAUUUAACUGUUGAGAUUCAUGGCGAUGCUGCAUCCUUGGAGGAAUGCCUCGAUCAAUUCACAGACAAAGAGUGGCUUCACGGAGAAAAUAUGUAUAAAUGCGACGGGUGCAAUGACUAUGUCAAGGCAUGGAAGCGACUUACCAUUCAACGAGCUCCAAAUGUUCUUACAAUCGCUUUAAAGAGAUUCCAGAGUGGGAGGUUUGGUAAACUUAACAAAAGGGUAACUUUUCCUGAGACGUUAGAUCUGACCCCCUACAUGAGUGAUGAAGGAGAUGGCACAGAUGUGUACAAGCUUUAUGCUGUCGUUGUCCAUGUAGAUAUGCUAAAUGCGUCAUUUUUUGGUCAUUACAUCUGCUACACCAAGGAUUUCCAUGGAAACUGGCACAGAAUUGAUGACUGUAAGGUUUCUAGUGUUGAUUUAGACGAGGUGCUUUCUCAGGGUGCAUAUAUGCUUUUAUACAGCAGGGUUUCUGUUCGACCAUCAUGUCUUAGAACCAUUGAGCCUUCAAAGGAGCAACAAUCAAUCGUAAAAGUAGAACUAGACUCUUGCACAGUGAAACCAGCUGAACACCUUUCCCCAAUGGAGGCAAUGGAUGCCACAAAUUCUGGGUUCCUAGCACCUGAAAGUAAAAUUUCUGAAGUUGGAAGUCAAUGUCAUGAGGAUGCCGUGGUAAAUUUUGGGUCAAGCACCACAGUUUCAAAGGGUGUUCCAUCCCAUGAAAAUGAGUCACCUUCUAAAGCUGACAUGGAAGACCCAGAAGAUCCGGAGGUUAACCAUAAUUCUGAGUUAUCUUCAUCUACUAUGGCGGAGGAUCCUAGGGACAUACCAGUUGUAUUGAAUUCUGGGACUGUCAAUGAAGAUCCGGAGGAUAUGGAUGUAAUUGAUUUCGGCUCAAGUUCAUCCAUUCCAAUUUCUGGCCUCGAGAAGGAUUCUUCUGCUGCACUUGAUUCAGAAGCUGUUGAGAUACAGCACUCCUCGGACAAUACAGAUACAACUAUGUCUGAAUCAGAUUCUGCCAUUGCUAAGGAUAUCAAAGUAAAUGGCAGUAUCUAUUCGUUCUCAAGGGGAGAGAUCUCAACCAAACCUAAUAGUUUGAAACGUCAACCGCCUUUCCAUGAUUCAGAUGGCAAGGACGCAAAUGGAGCUAAAAGAGCAGAAGUGAUACAGCCAAAAGUUGAAAAACAGGAACCAGGAGCAAAGCAAAGCAAACCCAUUUCUCAUCCGAUGGCGAUUUCUCUCGUGAUGUCGCCAGCUGGUUUUGUUUUGUUUGUGGUUUUGGGAAAUAUUGGGAUUUGUUUGAUUCGAUUGACAGUAAUGGAAACUCGCAGUGAAGCAGAAGCAAGUCCUUAUAAGAGUUUGGUUGCUGCCGUGUCAUAUGGGAUUGCUUCAAUGGCUAUGGUUUUUAUCAAUAAGGCCAUUUUGAUGCAAUAUGGUCACUCUAUGACCCUUCUCACUUUGCAGCAACUGGCAACGGCAUUGCUUAUACAUUUUGGUAGACAAAUGGGGUAUACAAGAGCGAAGGGAGUAGAUAUGCAAACAACUAAAAGACUUCUUCCGGUUUCGCUAUUCUACAAUGCUAAUGUGGCUUUUGCUCUGGCUAGCUUGAAAGGAGUUAACAUUCCUAUGUAUAUUGCAAUAAAGAGACUCACACCGCUUGCUGUACUUAUAACUGGAUUUUUUUCAGGAAAGGGAAAACCUACAACACAGGUUACUCUUUCUGUGCUAUUAAUUGCUGCUGGAGUUAUUAUAGCAGCCCUUGGAGAUUUUUCUUUUGACCUUUGGGGAUACAGCAUGGCCUUUACUUCUGUUUUCUUUCAGACAAUGUACCUUGUGUUAGUUGAAAGAUCUGGUGCAGAGGAUGGCCUCUCUUCAGUUGAGAUAAUGUUCUAUAACAGUUUUUUGUCUCUUCCAUUCUUGAUGUUUCUCAUCAUAGCUACAGGAGAAUUUCCAAACUCUCUAUCAUUAUUGUUUGCAAAGAGUAAUUCGUUAUCAUUUUUGGGGAUCCUUAUUAUUUCAUUAAUAAUGGGCAUAGUUCUCAACUUCACCAUGUUCUUAUGUACCAUAGUCAACUCGGCUCUUACAACAACUAUCGUGGGAGUCCUCAAAGGUGUUGGGUCCACGACCCUUGGUUUUGUCUUACUGGGUGGCGUGGAAGUGCAUGCUUUGAACGUGACUGGAUUGGUUAUCAACACAGCUGGUGGGGUGUGGUACUCAUAUGCCAAAUACCAGCAAAAGAUGAGUAAACCUCCAAAGCUAAUAUUAGAUGUAGAGGCACAUCGCAAAUAA